AUGAGGAGAAGACGUUUGGCCCAGGGCAUCCUGGAGCGUCUGGCUCAGACAGUCCUGGCUGGGUUGCCGUCUGGUGUGUGUGUGUGUGUGUGUGUGUGUGUGUGUGUGUGUGUGUGUGUGUGUGUGUGUGUGUGUGUGUGUGUGAGAGAGAGAGAGAGAGAGAGAAUAUAUGCAGCUGGGUCACUCUCUUACCUCUGGCUGGCAGAUUCUGCGGCCAGACGACCACAUAGCCAAGCAGCGCUACAUCGGGGGCAAGAACGUCCUGACCAAAGGAACGCCAGAGUGGGUCUCCUUCGAUGUCACAGACACAGUCAGGGAAUGGCUUAUGUACCGAGGUGAGUGGGCCAAAGCCCUAAUGGUCCCUGUCUCAUACCAUAUGUUGCAUAUCAAAGCAUGAGCCAAAAGGUAUUUGGAAACUCAAUUUCAUUUGGACAAAGGAAAAUGGCCUCAAGGAAAAUACCACUUCCUCAUAUUGCCGUGCUCUCUUUUUCCCUCAGAGACCAACCUCGGCCUAGAGAUCAGUGUGCACUGCCCCUGCCACACCUUCAACACCAACGGUGACAUUAUCGAAAACGUCAAUGAGGUGCUAGAAGUCAAGUUCAAAGGUAAAAUGACAUGAGGUGCCUCAUUUAAGAAACCAACCAUUUCUGAUUCCUCCUUUUUGGCUUUUCCACUGCUCAUCACAGCCCCUCUUUCUAUCCGUAUGAGCUCUGAUUUAGAAAAAGACCAGUGAACAUGGGCCUCAAUGGGUAAUACUUCUUUGGCACUUUUUUUUAUGAAGAUGAUGGUUUUCUUCUCAGAGAGAGUGAGGUGAGAGAGAGAGAGAUAGAGGAAAGAUAAAGGGAGUGAGAAAGGCAGAGAGAGAGUGAGGAAAAGAGAGGAAAGGGAGACAAGAGGACUAGAGAGAGGAAAGAAAGAGAGGAGAGAAGAUCAUGGGAAUACAAUUGGUCUGGUAUCUCACUUAGCAUUGGGGCCUCCGGGUCCCUGGUCCUGGGAACGAUCCCCUGACUGGCUUGGCCACAAGGAAUGUGCUACCACGGCACUCAGACGCUUGGCCCCAAAUUAAAGAGGGGCUCCAUAUCCACCGGCAGGGUCUCUCCUGAGAUCUCUACUGCUUUUGCUAUCAGGGGCAGAUUGGAUGAGCAGACACUAACCCAGGGGGAGGACAGAGGGACCAGCUCUGGUGGAGAAGGAGGAGGAGGAGGAGGAGUGAGAGAAGAAGGAGUGAGAGGAGGAGGAGUGGGGCUGUAGGUGAUGCCUGAAGUCCAGCCUCUUACCAGUGAAGACAAAGCUUUUAAUACAUUACAGAAAGUACUAUGACUAAAACAGCAGUGGUGAAUUCUAAUUCUGUAUAACUGACUCAGACAUACACUAUGAUACACCAUUCCUGAGCUGAGGGGCAGGGUCCCUUGCUCACAAUUCUGUUAAAAUAUUUGGGUCUACAUUUGAAUUGACCUGAACUUUGCUUCUAAUGGACUAGGACUGCACUUCAGCUUGAUUCACCAAAUCUAUCCCUUUUAUUUAUUUAUAUGGAAUGGUCUUGGUCUAUGUAGUUUCAUCCACUAAUGACACCUCCGUACUAACGCCUGACGUCCCUGUGUCUUCCUCCUGUAGGUGUGGAGGGUGACUACGAUGAGAGCCGCUGGGACCUGGGCAGACUGAAGAAGCAGAAGGAGCAGCUCUUCCCUCACCUCAUCCUCAUGAUGCUGCCCCCUCACAGGAUAGACGCCCAGUCCUCAUCCCGCAGACGCAAGAGAGCCCUGGACACCAACUACUGCUUCUCGUAAGUAACUAACCACCUCACUCUUCUAAAUAAAUUACUAAGUUACUGUGCAAAAUCAACCCGUGAAAUCAUAGCUGAAAGAACAACGAUUUUAGAGUGCAUGUCAUAUAUUUAGAUGAAAAUUUACUGCAGGAUGAGUAGCCACAUUUUUGUCCAAUAGAUAAAUAGCCCCUGGUUACUCCUGUAAGCAACACAGUAGAUCAAGUUGGAUCUCAAAUGGCAAUGGUGGCUUCUCUCAUUUCUAAUUUACUUGGCAGAGGAGCGAUGUGUAGGAAUAAGCUGGUUAAUUUGCUAUCAGAUAGUCUGUGGCAUGGCAGAGGCAUUAGCAACCUGAUACAAGUCGAGAUCUGUCCCUGUAUUGAAGUGUACGACAGCUACCUCCCUCCCCUCUCUUACAUGCUGUCUCCUCCCCUCCUCUAUGGAAUCCCUCUGUCAGUCUGACUGACAGCAGUAAGACACCUGGGCUGCCUCCAAGAGGGAACUGAGGACACACCUUCCAGUGGAAUGUCUGGUCUUCUUAGGGCUCAGUCAGACUGCAUGCAUGUAGUGAAAUGUACACAACCUGGAAAUAGAGCGUUUCUCCUUCAGGUGAGGUAUUUCAUUGCUUCAUAAAGAUCUCUCUCUCCUGCCUGCUGUAGUAACUAUGAGGAGAACUGCUGUGUACGACCCCUCUACAUUGACUUCCGCCAGCACCUGGGCUGGAGGUGGAUCCACGAGCCUAAGGGAUACUACGCUAACUUCUGCUCUGGGCCCUGCCCUUACCUAAGGAGCGCAGACACCACACACAGCUCGGUGAGACACGGCUUGUACACUACUAAUGCACUCAUUACCCUGUGUUAAGUAUUAUUACCACUAAAUUACACAAUGGAAUGCAGGCACUUACAAGCAGGUACUGUAUGUUGGCACACCUAAACAGACAACACCCACCUACACACUCUCACAACCUGAUAGCCUGAGGUUUCCCAUGCCAAUAUUACCAAUUACCAACCCCUCAUCACAUUGCCUAGUCUUAAGGCUCUAUUCAAUCAGAUCUGCUUUAGCUGACAUCCGCAUAACGGUUGUUUUGGCGGUGUCGGAGGUGGAACUGUGUUAGUGCUGUCAAAUCCACAAGUGGCUCCUGGCAUUAUACCUAAAGCGGACAUUACAAUUGAGUCACACUGGAUCGUGAGAUGUAAUCUGAACCUCGAUUAGGCUGAUAGAAAUCCGCAUUUUUUAGUUGAAUGAUUUUCUAUUUGAGCAUCAUUAUUUCUAUAUAGCCUACACUUUCUCAUUCUGAACUUCUAAUGCGAGUGGGACGGGUGUGGCUUUGUGACAAUGAUCAAGAGAAGCUGCUCACCAAUUUGAAAGCUCCAACGCAGUUACAUCUCCGACACAGCCAUGGGGGUGUCACCUAUCGCCGGUUAACGCUUGAUCUGAUUGAAUCUAGGCCUUAGUGCAACUUGUUUGUCUAACUUCAAAAUCAAACUUGUUUUUUAUCCAAAUGAAAUGAAAGGGAAUAACAAUGAUUUGUGUAGUGAUUGUACCUGGUCUGACAUCCCCUCCCUUCCUCCAUCCCUCUGUAGAUGCUGAGUCUGUACAACACCCUGAACCCUGAGGCAUCUGCCUCUCCCUGCUGUGUGCCUCAGGACCUGGAGCCCCUUACCAUCCUCUACUACGUGGGCCGCACCCCCAAGGUGGAGCAGCUCUCCAACAUGAUCGUCAAGUCCUGCAAGUGCAGCUAAGGGCCCCGGGCCCAGCACACUGGGAUCUGACAGGGCCACACACGGCACUACACUGAGGGAGGGGAAGGGGAGGGUGGCGUGCUGUCUGUCCCACCACCAAGAGUACCUCUGUCCACCCUCACAACACUCUUCCCCCCUCCUUAGUCGAGCCCACGCAGAGGCCCUGCAGAGAGAGACGCAGCCCACCACUCUACCCACAAUUCCCAGGCUGUGUGCCCAAAUGACUUUCAAACAUCACUCCAGACCCAGCAAUCUCAACAUAACUUUUUAUUGGCCUUUUACAUUGGUUUUUUUCUUCUCAAUGUCAAGUGUUUUUCCCUCAUUCUUUUGUCAAUAUUUCAGCCUUCUGAACUGCCUUUAGCUUUGUGCCAUAUGACCACGGGCAUUCAAAGCCAACCUCUGUCUGCUCAGAGAAAAAAAACAGACAUAAGCUGUUCUAGCCAUGACCACUGCCUACUCAAGGACAUACAGUAGUUGCAGUCAAAAAGAAAGACCGACUGAGAACCUGGAUUUACAGUGCAAAUUAAUCAAAGCGGCUAAAGCAAAAGCUCUGUCAGGCUUUUGUUUCCUAAAGAGAACCAUCCUUUUUAAUGGAGGGCCGACACAAGGCCUUGACGCACAGGACAAACACUGUCCAUGCUGGAAACUUAGCGCAGCGUGCACCACAUCUCCCUACACUGUUAAUGUAGGACAGAUGUUGAUGGACUCAAAUAAUCUUAGGAAAAAUACAAAAUGCUGGAAAACAACUUUUAUUCAACAACGUAUCUUUAUGGUUAUGUUUACCUCUGUUAUGCAACAGAAUGUUUUCGGGAUUUUUUUCUUAAAUGAAGCAGACUUUUCUGUUGUACAAGACGAUGUAUGUCACUAAGUGAACACUUCACUAGAUCACAAACUGUAUGUCUUUAUUGCUAUUACUCUUAAACACUUUUUUUUUUAUUAAAAAUGGUUUUGGACGAACAGAUGUGUUAUUUUUUUUUCUCAAAAUCUUUAGUUAAUCAUAAUUUGUGGGUAUCAGUAUAAAUUAUGCAUUUAGGCCCAGCUCAACAGCUAUUCAUAUUGAGAUGCUAGUGACGAAGAGCCAGAUUCAAAUCAGAUCCACUUAAACCAAAAUCCGCAUAGAUUAUGUUGACGGUGUCGGAACUACGUUAGAGCUGUCAAAUCCACAACGGCUCCUGGCAUUAUACCUAAAGUGGACAUUGCAAUUGGCUGCACGGAGUCGCAUUGAAAUAAAUCCCAUGCAACCUUGUUUACAAGUUCAAACACUGGAAUGUGAGAUGUAAUCUACACCUCGAUUACGCCAAUAGAAAUCCUUAUUAUUUAGGUUAAUGAUUUUCAAUUUGAGCGUCAUUAUUUCUAUAUAGCCUACACGUUCUCAUUCUGAACUUCUAACGCGAGUGGGACGGGUUUUGCUUUGUGACAAUGAU